UUCUAGGCUAAUAACAGUCGUCUGGGUUUUUGACAAGUGAUCUCGGCUGCUCUUCUAAGAAAUCUUAUAAACGCGUUAUAAAACAGGAUACAGUGUCUUUUGGAAGCUGUGCAAGGAGUUAGUGUGGAUGAUAUUUAAUGUCAGCCCAGGAGCGUGUGAAGUCGGUCCCCGCCAUCGGCUGCUACGUUAGCCUAGCUCGCUAAUUUGUUGACUCUUAUCCAUCUUUCUGGCUGAAAUACUUCAGCUGUUUAGUUCUUAAACGAUUAACUGGGUCCUUCUUUUUUCGGACAAAAAAAACUGGGACGGAACAAAGGGGAUGGUGCAGCCUCAGCCCGAUGGCCCGGCCCAGUGGGACAUGUCCGGGGAGGACAGUGCAGGGACCCUCAGGGUCCCCCCAGAGCUGGCUGGGAAUGAAGUGGUCAGCAGAUUGCUGUGCGACAACCAGCAACUUCGAGAGACUCUGCGGCGGAGCAACCACGCAUUGCGCCAGCGCUGUGAAGAGAUGGAGGGAUGGCAGCGGAGAACAAGAGAGGAACGUGAAUUUCUCAGCUGUCGUUUCCACGAGGCUAGGGCCUUGGUGGAGAGGUUGGCCCAGGAGAACCACUCCUUAAAGAGCAUAGUGAGCGGACCAGGCUCCUCCACUAAUCAUUGCUGCAGCUCCAGCCAGACUGAGGAUUUGCAGGGACGUCCAGCGAGGAAUGGGCCGUUGGACGGAUCACAGACUGUAGAUCAGUGGGAGAGGAAGAGAGUUGAUGACAUAGAUCGACACACACAAACCACACCACCUCGCAGCCUGCCUGUGGAGGGUGCAAAUGAGUUCCUGCAGCUGCUCAAGAGCCACAAAGAAAAAAUGGAGGAAGGGAUGAGAGAUCUGAAGAAGAAGAAUGAAGAGCUGGAGAGGGAGAAAGAAGAGGGAGAGAAAGAGAGAGAGCGAAUGCUGCAUUGCAUCGACCAACUGCGAGCCAAACUGGUCCAGGCACAGGCGAGUGGCGGCACUGAGGAGGCUGUUCAACUUCGCUCUGAGGCUCAACACUCCUCCGACUGUUCUAGUCUGGCUAAACUCACAGAGCAGCUUCAGGCCACACAGGGCAGGUAUCGGGAGCUGGAGGAGAAGCUGGAUUACCUGCAGAAGAGCUCAGCUCAGCGCGACAGAACAGAGGCUCUGCUCAAACAGAAGGAGAAGGACUGCACCCAGUUGGCAAAGGACUCCGAGGCCUUGAAAGCUCAGGCAACUUCCCUGUUAGGAGAACUGAAAGAAAGACAGAGCUGCUUGGAGAAAAGCGAACAAGAACGCAAAAUGCUGGAAGACAAGCUGUGCAGUAAGGUGAAGGCCCUACAGGUGGCAGAGCGAGAGCUGGAGCAGCAGCGGAAGCAGCACCAUGUGGCCAGGGACAAGCUGCUGCUGCAGAACCAGAGCCUGGAGCAGGCCCUGAAGACUGAGAGACAUGUCGUCACGGAGGAGAGGAAAAAGCUGACACAACUGCAGCAUGCCUACACGUGUCUGUUUAGAGACUAUGAUGCCAAACUGAAGAGCGAGGGAGGUGAUCUUUCUAGCCGACUGGAGGAAGCAGAACGAGCUCUGGCCAUGAAGCAGGACGCCAUCGAUAAACUGAAGGAACAAGUGGAGCAACUUAAAAGCUCACUUGAUACGAUCCCUGUCCUCACUGCGCAGGCUGAGAUCUACAAGGGCGAUUUUCUUGCGGAACGAGAAGCACGAGAGAAACUGAACCAGAAGAAAGAGGAGCUGCAGGAACAGCUGACCCAAGCCCUGGCAGAAAUUGACCGGCUCAAACAGGAAGCAACAUCACGUGCACGUAUGGAACAAAUGAAGCUGAGACACUUGGAAGACUUUCCUGCGCGGCCCCCUCUCAUCCCCCCUCCAGCUUUCAACACAGUGCCCCCAGCCCCGACUUUCCGUAAUCAGGGUUUGGUACCCAUUAGUGAUCAAGGAGCACCAGGAGCUGGGGACUUACCCGAUUUAUGUUGUCCCAAGUGCCAGUACCCGGCUCCUGAUAUGGACACCCUGCAGAUACAUGUCAUGGACUGUAUACAGUAACAUGAGCAUCGUUCACACUCAUAGAUAUAUAUUUUGAUUUAUUUUCAAGGUUGUAUGCUGAGCGUUCAUCUCAGAGCACAGUGCGGAAGAAAACAUGUUUGUUAUUUGCACCUUUCCCACCCUCGGACAUGCAAAGACAAUUACUAAAACCCAAAUCUGAAGUCAGUGUGUGUUAAUCUUAUCACUAAAAAUGUCAUUUUGUGGUAUUAAGACGAAUCAUGCCACAGCAGGCAGCGAAUAGCAUGAACAAGCAAAAAGAUAAUAACCAAGGUGUGACUGUACCAUGAAUCCACACUCUACUAAAGCUUUUCUAUCCCCCUAACCUUUCUCCUUUUAACCUUUCAUCUUUUUUUUUCUCCCUCAACACCUGGCCUUUUAUGUUCCCUCAUACCCUUUAGAUGCCUGUCCUUUGAAAUGACUCGCUGAUGCAAAUGUCCGUCAAUGUUUCUACUCUUCUACAGUAUCCCAUGUUUCUCACGCCUCCUAAGUCCAGCAAUCGCCAACAGUAAAUAUGUACACUUUGACUGUAUCAUCCAUCGAAACUUCAGUUAUCACUGGACCUAUAGUAAAAAUGUGAUUGAUCUGGGGGGGGUUGUCCCUAAAAAGGAGAAAACGCAUGACUUUGUGAAUAACUUAGUAAGCUUUAAACAAAACAAAAAAAUCAAAUAUGUUUUGGUUUUAAAUGUAGCUGCAUUUUCUCAGAACAUGUAUUAUUGUGUAUUAGAGAUGGUUUACACUUGAUGGAUAAAAGUAGCCAUUCUGUGUGUCCUGUGCCUGUGUACAUGUUGAACAUGUUGAACUGCUCGCUUGACGUGACCUUUAACCCACCGCAGCUCCUUCUUGCUCUUAUUCUUUCUCACUUUUACCUGUGACGCCAAGCUAUUUAUCUGAAUGUAAGCUCAGUGUUUCCUUUGCAGUUUGUGUGAAUAUCGUUUGUAAUUAAUUAUCAUUUGUUAGCUUCGCCCUGCUAGGAAUUAAAGAAUUAAAUUAGUUAAUUGUUAACCAUGUUGUACAGUGAGUGUAACCAGAGUAUUAAUCCUGGGGUAGCAACCAUUCACUAUGCUGUGAGAAAUUCGCUUUACUUGAUUUUUCUUAACAUGGAGUUUCUUAUAUAAUUUCUGCACACCUGUAAUGUUUGUUACCAUCCUAAUUGAUUAAAGUAUACGUUAAGUUCAAAUAUAUACAGUAUACAUAAAA